AUGAACAAAACUUCCCGAACGGACGAGCCCUUCGAAGGGGACGGGUAUAACCAAAGCCCAAACCCUCUCUCGAACGAUUUGACAACAAACGAAGGCCUCAAUGGUAUCGUCAAUUCCAGGGAGUUGAAGAGGGAAGAGCCGCGGUCCUUGCACGGUUCAACACAGGAAACUGACCGCGAUAAGAGUGGCAGCAUCCCUCCUGACAUCAAGGAUGGAGAUACCUCCGACUCGCUGGCUGAUCCGUUGUCGAUUAGCCAGCCCCCCCGGGGGGAACAAAAGACUCCUCCCUUCUAUACCACCACUGUUCUGCCCAGCGAUGGUUCGGCCGGCUGUCGUGGCCAAGACCGUGGUGGCUGUACCCCGAUUGAGCGCUUUAAGAACGUACUGCUCAAGUUUUGCUCAUUCAUUGGGCCGGGUUUCAUGGUAUCAGUUGCAUACAUUGACCCUGGUAACUAUGCGACUGGGAUUGCAGCUGGGGCCUCUUACCGUUUCAGGUUGCUGUUUGUCAUUCUCAUGGCGAAUCUAUUUGCUACAUUGCUCCAGUCCAUUUCAGUUAAACUUGGAACUGUGAGUGGCCUUAAUCUGGCGGAGGCAUGUCGAGCUUUUCUUCCGCGAUGGCUCAAUUUCCUGUUAUAUGUCCUUGCUGAGGUGGCUAUCAUCGCCACGGACAUUGCUGAGGUGAUUGGAUUUGCCAUUGGCCUCAAUCUUCUUAUCCCAAAGAUGCCAUUGGUUGCCGGAUGCGCAAUCUCAAUCUUCGAUGUCAUGAUCAUCCUCUUCUUUUACCGCCCGGACGGAUCCAUGAAGGCGUUGCGAGCUUUUGAGAUCGUUAUUAUCUGCUUAGUUCUUGGUGUCGUGAUUUGCUUUUGCAUCCAGCUUUCGCUCAUCAAAAGCACUGGCGUGGGCGAAGUUCUUAGCGGAUAUCUGCCGUCAAAGGAGCUAGUUGAAGGACAAGCGAUCUACCAAGCAUGCAGUAUUCUAGGGGCAACUGUCAUGCCACACAGCCUUUACCUAGGAUCGGGUUUGGUUCAGCCUCGCCUGCGAGAGUAUGAUGCGAAAAGCAAACUUCUACCUGACGAAUUGCUGUCGGCACUCUCGUCUAUCAAUGGCAACGUGGAUAAGAUGCAUUACAUCCCGUCUAUCCGCGCUAUUCAACACUCUCUCAAAGUCUCCAUCGCUGAGCUGACCAUCUCCCUGUUCUCAUUUGCGCUCUUUGUCAACUCAGCCAUUCUUAUCGUUGCAGGUGCAUCCUUAUAUAAUAAUAAGGAUGCCCGCGAAGCGGAUAUUUUUAGUAUCCAUGCCCUCCUCUCAAAAUCCAUUUCCCCUGCCGUAGGCACGAUCUUUGCCCUAGCAUUGCUUCUUUCGGGAAUUUCUGCCGGAGUCGUUUGUACCAUCGCAGGACAGAUGGUGAGCGAGGGUGCGCUGAAUUGGAAGAUUCGUCCAUGGUUACGCCGUCUCGUAACGCGAAGUAUUAGCAUUAUCCCGAGCAUCAUCAUUGCCGGGGCUGUCGGGCGACAAGGGCUCAAUGCAGCAUUGAAUGCAUCCCAAGUCGUCUUAAGCGUGGUUCUACCUUUCAUCACAGCGCCACUCAUCUACUUUACCUGCCUCAACAAGUACAUGACUGUCCAACCAGGUGGUGCGCGUUGCCUUGCACCCAACGAGGGUAAAUUCCGACAUGGCCAGUCAGCCUUUGCAGUGGCAAGCUCCGAGAGACAUAGUAGCAUUAAGAUGGCCAAUUCGUGGUACAUAGCUCUAAUUGCUGGUCUUCUGCAAAACCGCUGGGAUAAACCCCCUCGCUCCGUUACUCAGCCAUACAUCCUCACCAGCCACAAGCGAAUCGAUGUGGACGACCCCCUCUAA